AUGCCCGAUCGAGAUAAAAGUUUAUUAGAAUGUGUUGUAGAGUUAGACGAUGGGGAGGAUUUCAUAGAAGUUCUUCCGAUCGAACCGAGAGCCAAAGUAGUGAACAACUUAGCGAUAGAAGAAUCGAACGUUUUUGAAAGUUUCGUCAUGAGUGUCAGUGAAACUGAACAUAUGGUGAACUAUCUUAUAAAUUCGUAUAAAAGAGAUAAUAUUAUACUCCAAAAAGGGUCUUAUGAUAUUUCUAAUUUCAAAAGAAAAACUAUGAAAAAUGAUGUUUUGCCCAAUCAGUCCACCAACUCUGCGUUAUCAACACAAACGGAAAUAGAUAGUGAAAGCAAACUAAACACGAUGAUUGAAGUUAGUAAAACGAAAAAGCAGAUAGUUCGAUGUAUCUAUUGCUCACUACAAGUGGAUACAGUUAGGUGUAUCAAUAUUCCGAAAAUAGAAGCUACAGUCGAUAAAUGGUUGAAGAGCUUAUCUGAAGACGAUGUUCAUGUAGAAGAGUUACUUAGGAAACGGUUAGGAUCCAAGAAAACUAAUUAUGUUCUCUGUGAUCUUCAUUAUGAUCCAAAUCAUGUUGCCAGCUUCAUCAUGGGAUAUAGGCUGCCUUGGCCCAAGUUACCUUUGCAUAAGGACGAGUAA